AUGCGUAGUGUGAACCCGAUGCUGUUGGGUUACAAUAUGCAGAAUGUGAGCAUGGUGAGCGUGCCUCACAGCCGGGAGUCGAGCAUCGGGACGGCGCCGUCGACGCCGGUGCACGGCGCGAGCGAGGCCAAGCGCGCGUCGCCGCUGACGCCGGCGGAGCGCACGGGCGCGCCGCCGGGCGCCGGCAAGGACGCCGUCAAACUGUUCAUAGGCCAGAUACCGCGACAUCUGGAGGAGGACGACCUCCGGCCCAUGUUCGAGGAGUUCGGCAAGAUUUACGAGCUCACCGUGCUUAAGGAUAAGCACACGGGCAUGCACAAAGGUCGGUAA